AUGGAGGUCCCACAGGCUCGCACGGGCUGGAGUGGCGCGCUGGUCAACCUCAUCCCCUCUGUCACAGGGAACGCCAUGUUCACCGCGCGCACGGGCAGCGACCAGCUCAGCGGCUGGUCGGUGGAGGGCAUCCGGUUGUCACCCUACGGCUACCCCCUCUGCAAGAUGCCCUUGGAGCACGCCAACUCGCCGUCGCCGCCGGACGACCCGUCGCCGCUGGUACCGGGCCAUGCAUAUGCUCUGAAGCAGGGGGCCAUGGAGGGCAGCUGCGGCGCAGCAAUAGCGGCGCUGCCAGACCCGCGGGCCAGCGUGUUUUACCGCAACGCGCUCGUGGGGGGCGUGGCGGGACAGCCGAUCGUGGUGUCUGGGCUGAACGUUGAGAUCAUCGUGAGGCGGUUCUGGGUGCCACACGUCAUAACAGCGAUCCUGCCCGUCGUGGCCACCACCUGGCUGGCCUUCCUGGUGUUCUUCCUGCCCCGCAAGGACAUGGAGGCGCGCCUGGGGGCAGUCACGGGGCUCUUCCUAGCACUGGCAGCCAUCCAGUUCGUCAUCACAGGCAUGACCCCCGCCAGCUCAUACGUCACGGCAAUGCAGCAGCUGGUGCUGGUGUCCUACGUGACACUCCUACUGACCGGCCUUGAGAACGUGGUCCUGUGGUGGCUGACCACCUACCACAAGAACAAGCAAAAGCAGCGCGCGCACCGGCAGGCACAGCUCGUGUACCAGGAGAAGCUGGCGUGCGUCCGCACCGCCGUCGACACGUGGUUGCACAACAGCCAGGCCGCAGUGGCAGAGCGCGCCCAGGGCGGCGGCGGCGAGCCGCCCUGCGGCGGACCCUCGCAGCUGUUGCAGACACGCUUCGGCGGCGGAGGUGAUGGCGGCCCUGUGCAGCUAGGGCGCCUGCAGCGGCCAGUGGACCGGGAGCAGGCGAAGGGGGCCGGCUGCGCCUUGGCGGCCGUCGUCGCGCAGGCGUGUCUGCCUGAAAGGGGCCCGUGCUUCGGGCCGCCGCCAUCCACUGCACACGACGCACCCUGCGGCGGCUGGGGGGCGGAUCAGACGCAGCCGCGGCACCAGCAAUCGCUGGGCCGCGAUGCGAUCAGCCAGGACGGGGCCGAGCUCAGGCUGCCAGUCAUCGAGCUGCCUGAGGCAGGCCGCACCAGCGGCCCCAAUGGUGUGCCUGUUGAUGGCGCGGCAGCGCCAGCGGCGUGCAGCUCGCAAUACGGGCCCGGCAUGGAUGCGCUGCGCGCCGCCGCAGCCGCUGCAGCGGCCGCCGAGGCCGCGGUCGUGGCCUCUGCGCCGACGCCGUGCUGCGCGUCGCCGCGCGCGGGCGCGUGGGGCCAGGGACGGCCGCGCAUGCGGCGCGGGGACUCCCUGUUCGCCCACCUGCCAGCCUGGCGGCGCGGGCCUGCGCGGUGGUGGCAUCAGUGGCAGCUGUUCCGGGCCUUUGUCGACGAAAACCCGGACUACGCAGACUCCGUUGCACACAUGUUCAACAAAUGGGCGGCCCUGGGCCAGUUUUUGGCCUACAAUUUGGCUGUCAUCAUCAUCUUUGCGGUGGCCUCGCAGUACAGCGGCGGCACAUAG